GUUAAAACCCGACAAAAAACACUAUCCACACCGUACAAGUCAAAAUAUAUCGACAACAUAUACUCACACUGAACAAAAAUAAAACCGGAAAAUGGCAAACAAGGGUCGGUUUAUAGACCGAAGUCCCUCUUUGCGAGUGGCGGGCCUGUCGUCCUACAAGGACCCCGACAAUGUGAAAGGAGUCAAGGACUGUAUACCGUAUUUGGACACUGACGAGCAGGCGGAGUACCUCGUAACGGUCCACUGCCGGAGGAGCAGGCCCAAGCCGACCGGGAAGCGAACUCCCCGCAUUCCGACCAACUCCAUCGGGGAGCUGCUGAGCUUCGAAAUGAACAAGAGUCUGAUGACGCUGCUCCAGGAGAAGUGCCGGGAGAAUCUGUUCAGGAAAAAGAUUGGCCUGGCGGAGGCGAUGGAGACCAAAUCGAAACCGGAUGAUGUGACCAACUGGAACAGGACCUUCGGAGAUGCCAAUCCGCAGGAGGGUGGCCUCUAUGAUCUGAUGAUGCCGCGGAAGUCCGCCGAGCAGGUGAAUCGGGAGUACGCCGAGUUCCAUCAGUCGCAUAUCGUUAGCCACAACCACUACUUCCCCGCGGAGCAAAUCAAUCGAAGGUAUAACGAGGCCUUCGAAAGGUUUCCAAAUCUUGGGUUCGGGAGACCCAGUAACUCGGAUCGGAGCGGAAUCAAAAUGAAGAACUGCCUGAAGGAGGGCGAGGAGCACUUGCUGAUUGUGAAGAAGCCGCAAAGGGACUUGGAGGAUCGCACCAAAGCACCUCUGGGCAAGAAGUUUAUUUGGUAUCCUUAUGUUAUCCCUGAGAAUAUGACCUUUGGGUUGGUGAAAAGAAGCGAAGUGGACAUGAGAUCCUUGCUGGAGAACACCUGGCCCUCGGAAAAAUCGGAAAAACUGUCCGAAGCCAUUAGCCAUAUGAACAUGUUGAGGGACAUGUUGCAGCGACGCGAUGACAUCACCAUCAACCACAUCCUUACGGUCCUGAGGAACAAGGAUAAGGAGUCUACGGGUCAGCUGCCACUCCCUCAGAUCAUCACCCUUUUGAGGAAAAUGCACAUCCCCGCCGAUGCGGAGAAGAUACGGACCGCCACCUCGCACUAUCAACUCAUCGUGGACGAGGGCUGCUGCUCCGAGGCCAUCAGGUACGAGGAUCUGGUCCAGCUUCUAUCCAUUUUGAUGCCACUGCCCCUAGUGGGCUCCAUUUCACCCCUGCCGGAUACGGUGUACAACAAGGACACCACCUAUCGCCUGCUCUGCGCGGAUCGCGACAAGGAACCCAACAAGGAUCGUAUCAUGCACUAUCCGCACAAGUCGCCGGUCCAAAAGGACAUGGACAAGACCCAUGUCAAGGAUGUCAUUAAUCCGGAGAUAGGCACCUUGCACGGCUUGUGGCCAAGUGACUUCAGUCAGCCACGCGAUCGAGCGGAAGUGGAAAGGAUAUUCUGCGAUAUCCUGCCCAAGGACACCUUCGAUGCCAUGUGGGAGUGUCUGACCAGCGAGCACAAGGAUCAAAAUAACAUGGUAUCGGUGACACAGUUCCGUGAGGAGAUGAAGAAGAGGUCCUUGGGUUAGAAAGGAUGUGGAAAGUAUCAUGCAAGAAAUCCUGUUGGACUGAUUAAGAAAUACGUAUUUUAAGAUUUAUAAACCAGGUCCUUAAUAAACCAGUUCAACAAAAAAA